GUUGUGUAUAGGACACUCGCGUGUGCGCGUCGAUUGCUGCUUUUUGGGCUGCUUUGCUUGCUUGCUUGGCUUUUUGCUUUGUCGCUCCGUUUUGCAAGCGAAUUUAAGCGACAACAGUAACAACAACAACAAGAAGAAGAACAAGAACGACAACAACAGCGAAAGCGACAACAACGAAACGAGCUAACGAAAAAUUACAAUGUAUGUGUGUGCGUGUGUGCGUGAAGGAAAGAAGUAAGGUGAAGUGAGUGACAAGUUGGCAAAAAAUAAAGAACCGAAAAUGGAACAACAACAACAGCAACAACAACAAAUGAAAUGUGCGCAACUAUGCAAAUAAAUUAAUAAGCCAAAGUCAUUACCAAAUUAAAACGAGACACGCGAAAAGCAGCAUACAACAAAAUAAAAACAUAGAAAGAGAGAGAGAGAGAGAGAGAGAGAGAGAGAGAGAGAGAGAGAGUGAGAAGCGAAAGCCAAGGAAAGUAAAGUAAAGGCAAGGCUCAAGUCAAGUGCGUUGAGUGGCAAAGUCAAGAGCUGCUGCUGAAGUAGCUGCUGGCAUGCUUAGAGAGACCCCAAGAAACGGAAAGAGAGGUUAACUCGUCCGUUGCCCGUUGUCCUCGUCGCCGUCAAAGGCAUCGAAGCAAUGCUUGCCUCAUUAGCGACUUAGCCGCGUCAAAAUGCAAAGGUGAAGGAAGCCAAAAAAAUAAAAAUAAAAAAAAUACUCGACCGCAAAAACGGAAUAAUCACUGAAAGAGUUUUUCUUCCCUCUGCACAAGGACGAGAAAUUGAAUAUAUUUAAGGAAAUAUAUAUUUACAUAAUACUAUAUAUUGCAUGACGAGUGCUUAGUGGAUAAUUUGGCUAAUGAGCUGCGCCUGAGAAAUGAAAAUGGAAAUUGAUAUUGCGCAGAAAAGGGCAAAUUGAAAUAGACGCACAUAAUUGAAUUAUAAAAUAUAAUUAAAUUGCAUAAACAGCAUCAUCAUCAACAUAUAAGAUUUAAGAAGCAUGGCAUCACCACCGGAAAGCCCCAUCGAGGAGGUGGUCUACGAGUUGGAACACACACGAGUGCCUAAACCCAUCCCAGUUGCUCUCGAGGAUUUGUGCCGUCAAACCAAGUUCACCAAGCAGGAAAUCCGCGUCAUGUAUAGAGGAUUUAAAACGGAAUGUCCCGAGGGUGUGGUGCACGAGGAUUGUUUUAAGGAUAUUUACGCCAAAUUCUUUCCACAUGGCAAUUCCAGUUUAUAUGCUCAUUAUGUGUUCAAAGCCUUCGAUGUUAAUUGCAAUGGCGCCAUUAGUUUUCGGGACUUACUCGUCACCUUAUCGACGCUGUUGCGCGGCUCCGUCUACGAGCGUCUGCGCUGGACCUUCAAAUUGUACGAUCUCAAUGGAGAUGGUCGCAUCAGUCGCGGCGAGCUGAGCGAAAUUGUGCUGGCCAUACACGAGCUUAUGGGACGGAGACCGCAUCAGCCGGAGGAUGAUCGCAAGGCGAGAGAUCAGGUGGAUCGAGUCUUUCGCAAAUUGGACUUAAAUCAAGAUGGCAUCAUUACGAUAGAGGAGUUUCUCGAGGCUUGUCUCAAGGACGAUUUGGUAACACGUUCGUUGCAAAUGUUCGACAAUGACCUUUGA